GUUAACACGAACGUCCACAAGCGAGUUCUUCUUCGGAAGCCACAGCUUUUUGUUCACAGUCUUUCUUAUAUUCUGCGAUGCAUGUAGAUAUUCAUCUGUUCCCGUGCUUUCCAACGUCUCUCCCUUGAGCCACCUCUGGAGGUGUUCUCGUCUAUACUUGACAUUUUCUAAUAUCUUGCACUGUUUCAUCGAACGCACGGACGGCUACGACAACAGUCAUUGUAUACAUUUAUCAUGGAAUUUUUUCCUGUAUUUUUCAAGGUUCGGGCUGUAGCUUUCACCUGUAUCAUUCUCAUUAGCCUUCUGUGGACUGUACUUCUUUCAGUCCAAGCUUACGCCCGCUGGGACAUAUCUGACAGCUGCAGUCGGUCGUUAACCGCUAUAUUCCUCUUGACCAACGCAACAACGAUCUUAAUUUUACCUUUCCUAUUACUACUGGAGUUUCGAGUGUGGUUAGAUGCCGCUCGCCUAUUAUUCGUUGCAAUAGGACAGAUAGGUUCUGCUGUCGCUUUCACUUACUGGAAUCCUCAAAUACAAUGCCUGGAUCAGACACCCGACCAGCAAGGUGUCUGCAAGUUGAUCAACAUCUACAUGCUCGUGGGCUGUUGGAUAAUUCCUGUCAUACUUGUUUUAUAUGCUAGCUACUUUGCAGCCAUGGUUUACCGCCAGUCGAGGAUACCCGUGGUGGUUGAUUCGCGCGAAAAAGUCUAUACGGAUACAGGGUCUCCUCUCGUGGUAGACCCAGAAAUAGCGAUUGCUUCUCCCCAUCUUUCUGUUCUCGACAUUCGGGCUUCGAUAUCACCCCUUCGCACCUUGUCAUAUGACUCCUUCUCACGUCCGGAGGCGAAUAUUCCAUCUCCGCUCACGGUCACUGCCAUGCCACGUCGUGAUUCACAUCCGCAACCAGGAGUACAGUCUCCUCAGCGACACGUAUCUCUUGUGCCAUCAUUCGCUGAUUCUGUACAGAUUCAAAAUAAUGCUCGCAAGUCAGGACGAUUGUCAAAACCCUUACCACCCUGGUGCAUGUAAUGUAAUUGUCAUUAUAGUAGAUUUAACGUACUAGUAAUCGAUCAAUCUAUUUGAUACCGUAAA